AUGGAUGAUAUUUUUUCUAUUUUUAAAAAGAAGCACAAAGCAAAAAAGAGAGCAUCUAACACAGAUAGAAUAGAAAACAAAAAUGAAACAAAAAGUUUAUUCAACUUAAAUAAGAAAACCCAAAGAAGAGCUCAUAAUGAAGAUGAUUCACUUAAUUAUUAUAACAAAUAUGAUAAAACAACAAAAGAUAAAAUAUAUAAUGAUAUAGAAAAUACAAUUACUAUUGAAUUUCCUCCUUUACCUUGUAAAAAUUCAGAAUUAUGUGUGUCUUUUUACUAUAUUCAAUACUUGAGAAAUCAACUAAUAUAUGGAAAUAAAAAUAUUAAAAUUGACGAAAAUACAAAAAUGAUAGCUGAGUCAUUAUUAGAUAAAAUAGAAAAUCAUAUUUAUGAGCUAGAAUUUAACAAAAAUAAUGAAGAAAAAAACAAAAAUGAAAUUAAAAUUGUUAUAUUUAAAGCUAUUUAUGAUAGAUAUUAUAAAAUAUUUACUACAUUUAUUGCAUAUUCAGAAAUUAUACCACUUCCCAAUAAUUUAUAUCAAUAUGUUUUAAAUAAUGGGGUAUAUAUAAGAUCUAAAAAAAGUAAUGAUUUUAAUAGUAGAGAAAAUAUUCAUAAUAUAUAUUCCUACUUAGAUAAUAUAGAAGUAGGAGAUAAUGAUUUAUCAGUUAAUAAUGAAAAAAUAUAUAUUGAUAAUAUUGAUAUAAGCAGACCUACUAUAAUUAAUAAAUCAUUAAUAAAUAUUGAUAUUGAUAUUGAAUAUCUUCCUUUAAAAUUUAACUCUUCUUAUUAUUAUAACAACAUACAAUAUGCAAAACUAUUUUUAAAUGAUGCCAUAAAUAUGUCUUUAUAUGAUAAAGCAUUAGGUGAAUUAAUUGUAGUUAAAGCUCUUGUAGAUAUUCCAUUUGGUUUUGAAAUAAAAGAAAUGAAAGCUGGAGAAAGACAAUGGAUGCCAAUUUAUUUAGCUAUUUUUCUUUCCUCUUUUACCUAUGUUGAUGUUGAAUUUCCUUUUUGGUUUUAUAUAAAAAAUUUUAUAAAUAUAAAAGAGGAAGAAUAUAAAAAUCCAAAUGAAUUAUUUGAAUUACCAUCACCAUAUUUUUUUGAAAUUUGUUUUAUGUUUAUUGAUCAAAAAAUUUUUUCAAAAGCUACUCCUAUUGAAACUGUAGGACAAAAAAGCUUUUUUAAAUAUAUAGCAAAAGUUGCAGGUUAUAUUGAAGAUAUUAAACAUUGUAGAGCUGAAAAAAUUAUAAAACAUUUAGAAGAACAAAAUGUCCAUUCUACUCAUAUUUAUAUUAAAAAUUUACAAUAUUCAGAAACUUAUCUAAUUAAUUUAUCUUUAUAUAGCUUUUGGAAGUAUGACGAAUAUAUAAAUGAAAAAGUAAAUAAUAUUGAUUUCACAUCAUAUUUAUUAGAACCAUUCAUAAAAGAAGAUAGUGAUAAUGAUGAAAAUGUUCUACAAGAUUUAUAA